UUCAAAAUUUCUAACAAAAGUUAUGGCCCGGCGCCGUAAUGGGCUGGCGCCGUGGUGUACCCCCAUUUUUUUAGGCGGGUUAAAAAUAAAAUUAAAAAAGAUUGAAAGGUGUGGACAUUUUAUGGUUAAUAAAUUUUCUUUUUAAAAAGGUAGAAAAUGAUCAAAAUUGAAUUAAGCAAUGAAAAGAAUAUUGAGGAAUUUUUAGAGCUAAAUAAACAACAAAAAAUAAAAGAAGCAAAUAAUUUGACUGGAAGGAAGGAGGAGCAGUUGACUGUAUCUGAUAAAGAAGUUUUGCCUGUAAAUUUAAAUAAAGCCAGCUUUACAUUGUCAGAUGCUGCUGUUUUACUAGGAAAUUCUACUGGUUGUUCCUCUCUAGCAAGUAUUGCAGCAUUGACAAAUACUUCUUUCCCUUUAUUUCAACAAUCUUUAAUUAUGGGAAAUCCUUCAACACCUGUAAAUUCUCCUUCUACAGUGCAAAAUGGAACUGUUAAGAGGGCAAAAAGAAAAGCGUCGGGAGGUCUUCCAAUUGGGGCUAAUGGACAAAUUCAGGCUGAUUGUUUAAUUUGUUCGGAUAGGGCGACAGGUAAACACUAUGGAAGCGUUUCAUGUGAUGGCUGUAAAGGCUUUUUUCGCCGUACUAUACGCAAAAAACAUAUUUAUGUGUGCCGUUUCAACAGUAAUUGUGUUGUUGAUAAAAAUCAACGCAAUUCCUGUCGUCGUUGUCGAUUUGAAAAAUGUUUAAUAAACGGAAUGCGCCCUGAAGCAGUGCAACUUGAACGUGACAGGAUUGCAGCUACUCGAAGAAGUAAUUGUGACAACAUGAAACUUUUGGUGAAUACAGAAAAUGGGGACGACAAGAAGUUACUUAAUAAUUCUCUAAAUAACCAAACACCAAUAUCAUCCCCAACAUCAACAACAAAUAAUGAAGAAUUAAAAUUAAAAAAUGCUGCCAUAGCAGAAAAUAAAGCAAUUAUUUUUCGUUUAAUGAAUGCUGAAAAAAUAUUAUCUUCGAAUAAUAAAAAGGAAGAAAAUAGUGUUAAUGAAAAAGAAAUGAAAGUGGAAAUGAAAAAUAAUUGUAAAAUUGCAACGACUGGGGAUGUGACAGAUUCGAUGCACCACCAAUUAAUUUUAUUAGUUGAAUGGGCCAAACAAUUAGAAGAAUUUCGACGCCUUUCAUUAUUUUCCCAAAUUGCUUUGCUCAGACAUUUUUCAGCUCAACAUUUGGUUAUUUGUGCUGCUUAUAGGUCUUCUAAACACAUUUCAAGUUGUGAAAGUAAUGACGCUAUUUGGUUGGCUAAUGAUCGUUGUGUGCCUAGAGAUGCUCCUAAAUUGCCUGAUGUUAAUCGUGUUGUUGCCCGUAUUUUAGACCAUUUAACAGCCCCAAUGCGUCGUCUCCAUUUAGAAGAUAGAGAAUUUGUUGCAUUAAAAGCUGUUGCUUUUUUUGAUCCAAUGGCAAAAGAUAUAGAAGAACCAGCCAAAUUAGAAAUAGAAAAAAUUCGGCAACAAAUAAUGUUGGCAUUUGAAUAUCAAGUAACCAAUAAAGUUAAUAAUCAACAACUAAUUUCUUUAAAUAAUCGACUGGCUAAUUUAUUAUUAUUAUUACCCCCAUUAAUGGCUAUUGGAAGAGAUUUGGUGGAAGAAGCACAAUUGGCUAAACUUUUUGGUUUGGCAAAUGUAGACGAAUUAAUGGCAGAAUUAUUAUUACCCGAAGAUGCAGAAACUCGUAGUUAUUCACGUUUAAGGACAAGUGUUACUUCUUCAAUUGUACAGUCUAAUGUAACUUCCCCAAAUCCACCAGCUACGUCUCCACAAAUUUUGCAAAUUCCGGGGAUUGUGACAGCAGCAACGGCAAAUAAUUCUCAAUCGCUUUUGUCAAUUCCUCCAUAUUCUUCAACAUCUUCACUUAUGUUACAAAUUGGUUGUUGUAGUACUUUACCUUUACAACAACAAAAUUCUUUUGGAAAUUUACAAAAUAGAGAAAAAUAA